AUGUUUUCUCUACAGGGCGGACAGAGAGGAAUAGGGGUUUGGGGGGGCGAAUGUCGUCUCUCGGACUUGAAAGGUGCCGCCAGCAUGCGUCUUCAUGCCCUCCGCUGGCUCCCUGCCCUCGUCCUCCUCUCAUCCAAUCCCCCUUCCCCACCUGGGCGUCCGUGGCCUUGGCUUCCACCCGGCCCACGCCCUUGGCUCCCCCAAUCCGGCCCACGCUGGGCAUUGCGUAGCCCCCCACGCCCAGACAGCGGGUGCGCAGCCGCCCUGCCGCUUGCCCUGGCCCCCGCGGCGGAGGCGGCCGCGGGUGGGCCCUGGCCUGGAGUCGGUCGGGGCCGGGUCAGGGGCGGAUACAUGACCUCGAAGCGGGCUGCGUGCGGUAGCGUGGCAGGGCUGGCCGUCCAGUCGGGGGGGUCGCCGCCAUAG